UUAAAACCUCCCAAGAUGGCUGCUUUCGUCUGACGUUUCUAAACUUUCUUGCAAAGUUUUUACAUUUGCAAGAUUCCAUCCUAGAACAUUGGAAGCUACUUCUGAGUUCAGUUUCGUUUCUUUUUCGAAUCUAAGAAAUAAGAUUGGUUUAUACCAAGCUAACUGUAAGAAAAUAAAUUGAAUUGUAAAACCAACAAUCAUCCAAGAUGGCUGACGAUCCUGGACACAAAGCUAUGUUGUAUUUUUUGGAGAUCCUAAUGCACAGCAAUGCUCCAUUGACCAUCAGUCAGCUGGCCGGCCGCUUUGGCAGCCGUAACUUUACAGCCGAGAUGAGACAGUCAGCUGGGGGCAAUGAAACUGGACUGAAGAAGUUCCUUCAGAAAUAUCCGUCCUUGUUUAGUGUAAACGGAAACCUAAUAAGUCUUAAUGACGGAACUGCCAACCUUGGGAGAAAUUUUCGAGAAAGCAGCCCUGCAUCAACAUCAUCAGGCCCAAGUGCACCAGAGGUUUCUACAGAAACAGAAGCUGUGCAAUUUUUUCGAGCGAAACUGCUGAAGAGGGGUGAAAAAUGGAUGCCGAUCAAAAGCCUGGCAGGACAUCUUUCUCAGGCACCUUUGGAAAUCAGAGAAUGUGUUGGACCACAGAACGAAUUUCGAGAAUGGCUUUUGCGGCAUCCAUUGAUUUUUGAGUUAAAAGGCGAUAAUGCCUGUUUAAAAGACAACAUCACAUAUAGUGCUGUGAAUCCAAACUCCGAGCCUUUAGAGGAUAUGAACUUUAACAACAGAUACAGUGCAAAUUUAUCAUAUUUGGAGAAAGAUACAUAUCCUACACAGCAUACACCAAAACUAAAGAGGAGGCCAAAGUCGCUCGAAGUGUUUGAGCCCAAAUCUCCAGUCAUGUCACCACGUUCCCCUAUGAAACAGUUGCCCACACCAAGUCCCCGAACAGGACCUACCACCAUGACUGCUAAUGAGUAUAAGGCCGUGAUGUUUAUCAAGGGAAUCAUAGAGAAGAAAGGUGACAUGAAACUUGGAAGUUUGGUCAACCAUUUUGGCCAGGCACCUGAAAGCCUACGCAACACUGUGGGGUGGAGUAAACAAGAACUCCAACAUUUUCUUGUUGACCACUCCAAUAUAUUCAUCAUUGGUGAGAACGAGAUGGUGUCAGUGAUAAAAAGUGCUCGUCUCAAUGUCAUCAUCACAGGAAGUCGACCUCCUGCUAGUCCAAAACCUACCGUCACAAAUCGUAAAGGACGUAUAUAUCACGUCGCAAAAUUGUGGGGUAUCAUCGACUUGGGAAGACAUGAGCACGUCUUUAUUGACAGAUCAAUAUUUGGCAAACAUGUUGAUGAUCUACAUAAGAUCUUGUGUGUGGGAGAGAUGGCUUGUUUUGAUGCUAUCCCUGCACCCAAGGGAAGUAGAGCAAGAUGGAGAGCCACAAAGAUCUGGAAAGAACACGAGUCAAUAGAAGAUCUUAUUGAGCGUGUGGCGACCCGCCUGCAGUUGCCUAUAGAUGGGGUCCCCUAUAAGGAACCGCCAAGCCCUAUAGCUAACAUUGACGAGGAAAUGAGGGGGAUUAUUCCGGAGCUAAAUGAUGCCAACAUUAACGUCCCAGUGACUCCAGUCAAUGUUGGUGGUAUAAAAUAUGCCUUCACUGAUGCAGCUCCAAGUGGGACUGGUGUUGUGCCUGUGUGGAAUUUUAAACACACUGAGCUGGAUGCCAUGAAGGAUGUUGAUGACCUUGACCUUAGUGAUGACUCCGACAACCAGACGCUCUCUAUGGUUGCCGAGAGAUAUUACAUGAACAGGUCUGUUCUCGGAGAUAGUCCCCGGGAUGAGAAGACAUUGAAAGAAGUAAAGAAGACAAAAGUCACAAAUGGAAUCUCGGAUGAAAAAUCAUCGUUGACUAAGAAAGGAAUGGUUGAUGCUGGUUGUCAGACAAUCGUGACUGGAGAAGUUCUGGCAACUCAGCUAUUCCAUGAAGAAAUGUGAAAAAUUGGACAUCUUGCAAAUCUAUCUCUUUGUGACAUUUCAGACAGGUGGGAAAUUAAUUUAAUAUUGUUAUGUAAACUUUAAAAAAGGAUUUACAUACAAAUGUAAUCAUUCUAACACAUUUCUAUAUAUAGAUACUUAUAACCAGUUUGCCGAAGUUAGCAUUUAUGAAAAUUGUUCCAUAUACAUUUAACAUGCUUUGAAAAUUAUUGGUAGAAACAUUUCAUAAGCUCAUGGUAAUUUUUGUCAAAAAAGAACCCUGUAAGUAAUCAUUUUGGCCCAUAUUUAAAAGAAAAGGAACUGCUUUUUUAUACCACUGAGAUUAUUCAUAGAAGACGUCAGUCUUGGAGCAUUAUGGUUUAUAGGCACCCACAUAUAUUUACAUAGGUACAAUUGAUAACGCUAUACUUUUCAUACUUAUCAUUGGAGAGUUCUAGAUAUGAUAUAUCUGGUAGAUAUAAAGACCAUGAUGUUUCUGCAUGUAAUGUUUCAAGAUGUGCUUAAUUUAAACUUAUUAAGUAUGAGUAGAAACAUAAGUAAGUGAGUAAAGUACUUCAAGAGAAAGAGAUGGCAACUAGCCAGCAUUUAGAGGCCACUUUUAUUGGAAACCUAUUUAAACUUUAAGAAAUUGAGUACAAAGAUUUUCUAGGUUAAUGUUUUUUUUCUUGACAUUUAUAUAUAUUAUAAGCAUAGCAAAUUCACAAAAAAUGUAUUUGCUGGAAAAAUGAAUUUUUUUUAAUGCUGCAGAAAUCAAAGAAAUAGGGCUUUUAAAAAGUUAUCACAUUAUACCUGAAUUUGACUGCUGAUCAUGAUAUGGUCAUGCAGCAGUAUAUGUUCAUUAUUUGCAGUAUUAUGUGCUCAAUGGGAAUGUUUCAAUCAUUUUCUGCAAUUGCAUUGUACCACUUAGCAAACAACUUUUAAGUCAACAAGUCACUGAAUUUCACACUGAAUUGUGUAGGCUAUUCCAAACAUCUUUGACUUGCCAAGUGUUUCCUUAUUCAUGCUGUCUUGAUAUCUAUGUGUUACAAAAAAAAACUAAUACCAAAAAAUUGAAGAUUUUCUGUCAGAAAUAUUAUUAGUAGCCAUAAAACAUUAUUUUGAUUUCUAAAAAGUACUUGACAAGUUGAGAAAGUACAAAGAAAUACCAUGUUUAAUAACAAUUUUAAAUGUAAUUGCAGAAAGGUAACUCAUUGAAGAUUAAAAGACAACCGACCAUAAAGCAUUUGCGUAAUUUAAUUUACACAUGUGAUAGUAACAUUGAAGAGAUACUUUUAAAAUAUAUUCUUGAUCGUGUAUUUUUUAUUGACUAUGCAAUGAUUGGUUAUACAAUGUAAGGCCUGACCUUUGACCUUUCUUAUUAGUUUAUUAAUUUAAUGAUCUUACAUUUAUCAUAAAAUGACCUGUCACAUUCUAUCAAAAUGUCACUUUCAUUUUAGCUAUAAUUAAAAAUAAUUUAUAAGCUCAUUAGCCAGUAUUUAAAAAAAUUGUGUAUGAAGAUAUCUUAAUAAAUUUUUGUUGGGUAGGUCACUAUUAUCUGGGAAAAAGUUAUUCAUAAAGUUUACAUGAAAACAUCUAUAUCUUAGUAACUUGUGUACCUCAAACCUCAGACUUUAUUCCAAAUUACACAGGUUUUUAUGGUCAUUCAACUAAUCAGAUGAAAGGAAAAUUGUAAUUGCUCCUUUCUGAAUUAUAAAUGUUUUUUUUUACAAUGGAUUUUGUGUAGAAGUAUAAACAAGAUCUACACACUCCCAGACUUUGUACAGUAAGAUGGAUAUCCUUAAUUAUCUUUUUGGUAAAUUAAUUUUUUUGCCAAAGAGAAUGGUAUUUCAGACAACAAUAAGAUAAACAGGUUUUUCGCUGCCUUUAUGUUAUGACUGUUGCCCACAUAUGAAGGAGCACACUGAGGACAGGGUACUUGAUGAUGUAUUUGUAUCAUGUCACUACUUGUAUUUUAUCACUGAAUACAUGUGGGUACAGAUUUUUGUACAUGUACCCUCUUAAAGGAUUUUUUUUUCACUGAUGAUAUCUAGACUUUUGUGACACUGUGUAUCUGAUAUGAUGCACACAUGUUUUUUAUUUAUCCCUACAUUUGACUGGGGAUGUUCUGGUCACAUAAUUGGGAAUGUAUUGCUCAUGUGGCUGGAAAUGUUAUGGCCGCAUGAUUGAGUGUUCUGGUUUUGUGACUUAAAAUGAUCUGGUCAUAUGACUGGGAUUGUUUUGGUCAUGUGAUAUAAAAUGAUCAGGUCCCAUGACUGGGAUUGUUCUGGUCAUGUGAUUCAGAAUGAUGUCACAUGUCCAGGAUUACCCUGGUCAUGUGAUUCAGAAUGAUGUGGUCACAUGAUCCAGAUAUAAUCAAAAUACACAGCUUAGCAAUUGAAGAAUAAAUCAAUUUUCGUGUGGAGUUUGAGAAAAUUUUGGCCAAUGUUGAAUCAUUUGGCAUACGGGUAGUUAUUUUUCAUUUUCAAAAAAACAGUGUGACAUUAAAUAAGGAAAAUCAACUGAUCACCACACUCAUUAGAAACAUUGAUGUUGGCUGAGGUCUCGUCAAAUGCCUGUUAUAGAACUAUAUCAUAUGAAGUAAAGGGUGAAGAACUAGGUAACAGAUCCAAAGAAGUACUUACUUGGUCAGUGGGCAUGAUGUCUUUAGUGACAUUUGGUAUGUUGCUGAGUUACCCGUAUAAAUUAUUGUGGAUGUAUAUUAUUUAUAAACAACAUCUAAUUAAGUGUUUAGUACUGUAAGUAAAUUUUAAGUAGAUGAGUAUGUCACAUAGCCCAUGUCAUUGUUCCCAACAUGUUCAGGGUUUUACAAGAAUUUAGUUGUGAUAAAGCAAAAUGGUAUUAUACUUGGUACAACAACAAAGUGUAACACUUUAUGUUGCUGUAGUGAACUUCACACGGAACUAUUGUUUGUUUUUGUUAUUGUCAAAACACAUGACCGUUUGAUUUCUCAAGGGUACAAAGGACGUGUGACAUUCUAUAUAAACAUAUAGAAAUCAACUGGCAUCACCAAAUUACAUUGGUUGAAAUUUUGUACUUUUCUCUCCUGAAAUGAAUCUAUUUUCUACACAGAGAAUGAUGACAAUAUAUAUGUUAUUCUUGUAUGAAGUGCUGAUAAACAGCUAUAAAAGGCUGCUUGUUACUUUAUAUUUACUAGAAUCUUCUUUCUGAAAAAAGUUCUUUAAUGGUUCGUGGAGAAAAAAAUAUUCCAGAUUAUGAAAGAACAUGAAAAAAAGCUCCAGAAAUUCAAGAAGGGAGAUAACUUUUAUUAAGAAGGGAGAUAACUGAUAGCUGUUAGCCUAUUAGCUAAAAUAUUCUUAUGGAAGCUCUUACUUGUGUCAGGAGAUAAGACUUUAUUACUACUCCAGUAACAAUAUCCACAUUUUGGUUGAGGAAUAUAUAUAUAUGUGUUUAUUUUUAAAGAUAUAAAUAAUUCUUAAUAUAUUUACUUGCAUGUCAAUAACUAUGAUAAUUUUAUUGAUUUUUUUUUUCACAUUUAUUAAUUUUAAUCACAUAGAUAUUUAUUCAAUGAUAAAUAACCAUACCAAAUAUACCAUGCUAUACUACACUGUUUUACUUACGAUGUAGAUAGACACCCAACACAUGCAGGCAUAUGUACAAUGUAUACAUUUUGUAAAAUUUUAAUAGACUAAGUAAGUUUGGUGCUUGAAUUUUCUGUACUUAAUAAAUCUUAACCUCAACUGUGGCAUGUUGAUGUAUCUGGAUGCCUCAGCUAUUUUACUACAUGUAUAUGUAUGAGGCUUGCAUUUUAAUAUGUAAAAUGUACACACACAAAUAUUGAGGAGAAGCUUGGUAAUGGAAAAUCUGCCUCGUGCUGAAGUUGUGUUUCAUAUGGAUUAGCUAUUAAAGCUAUGGCAUUUGUGAGUUUAUUAAAUCAUAUGACUUAGGAAACACAAUCUUUCACUCUAUAGACCAAAAAUAAGUGGAUGGAUGAUUCACGACUUCAGAUUAUGAAUAUUGUUUGUAAACUUAAGAUCAAAGUCAUGUUUGUUUUGAUACCUGAAGUUUGGAAAGUUUAAAGGAAAGGUGUGUGAUGUUUGUGUGUUGUGUAUUUUCAACUUUUCCUUGCUUUCAAGUCAAUCUUUUUUUUAACUCCGAUGAUCAUUACUACCUCACUUUGAACAGCUUUUAAGUGAAGUUAAUGUAACAAUGCAUUUAUCUUCAUAGAUUUAAAAAAAAAAGUAAAAAAAAAAUGGUGAAUAGUUUAUAGUCAUACUCAAGGAUAUUUUUUUUUAUACAAGAUUGGAGGAAAGUGAGUCAUAUUAGAACUGCAAUGUGUUCGGUUACAAUAUACACAUAAAUCGUGAAAGAGAAUUUGUUUGUUGAAAACGUUUUUGCCUGGAUUAGAGACUUUAUUGCCAUAUGUAACUUGGAAAUAUUCCAGUUCAGAAUGGAAAUAUCUCAUGACUGUAUUGUUAUUGUUAUCAGCUGGUAACCAACAUUGAUAUUGUAUAUUCAUUAUGUUUCAGUAACCUUUUUCUGAUAACAUGUUUCACUCAUCAACACUUGAUCACAUUUAUUUUCUUACAGAGAAAGUGUUCAACUUCCUUUGACAUCAAAGUCGGCACUAUAAAUAAUGUGGAAUUAUUUUUCCUUUACAUUUUAAUGACACAUGAACUACAAUGUAUAGUAUUUUGUUUAUUUCUGAAAUGAAAAAAGGCAAAAUUGAAAAUAGAUAUGCAGAAUCACAAGAUUUGAAUUGAAAUAGUGGCAAAUCUCUGGUGCUUUGGAUUUUAACAAGAUCUAAUUUAUAACAUUCACAAAAGUUGUCUCCCUUCCAUAUGAUUCCCUAUUGAAACUAACUUUUAGAGUUAUACAAAAUGUUAAACAUUUGGUCGCUGUGGAUUUCAUGGAACUAUCUAAAUAUCAGUAGGAAACUAUUGGGUUUAAUGGUGUUAUUUAUUGUUUUGUGAUAUCAAAUGCACAAGUUUGCAAUUUGAGUUGAGCUGUGCAUGACAAAGGACAUACAUGACUAAAAUGUCUAAAUGCUUAUGUGAUAUUUUUAUUUAUAUAUAUAUCUGUUUAAUGUUUCACUACGCUUAAAUUUAUUUCAGUUCUGUUCUGCUAGUCAGUGUUGAAGUUUAGAACCGUAACCUUGUUUUGUAGAUGUGAACAGCUGUUACAUUUAAUAUCAGUAUCUGGUUUUCAUUUUUAUCUAUUCAACUGCCAGCAUACAAAGGAGGAUUACCCGAAUAAAGUCUAAUAAUAAGUUGACCGAAAAUAUUCACUUUUUGCUUUUUUAACCAAAACCAGUAUGCAUAACAUUGGUUUACAUUGUACACUUUUUUGCAUACAUAAAGAAGAAACCUGUUUAAUCUGACCAUAAUUCUUUAAAACUGUUCUGAUAAGACAGGUUUUACUGUACUCUGAUGUCUACUUAUGAUGUACACUUAUUGCCUUUUGUAUAUGUGGUACAACUGUAUAAAUUGUUUUUAUGAUUGAAUGUUUUCAAAGACCACCACAAAUUGACAUGUCAUUUAAGUUCAAGCCAUAUUUUUGUUAUAAAAGCCACAAUAUGAAAAAUCACAUUAAAAAGCAAAGAAAAAAUUAGAUUUACAUGUAUAAUAGUGCUGUAUGUUUUGUAUUGUUUUUCAUAAAGGAUUUUUCAUAAAACUUUAAAAAAUUGAUAUUUUAUUUGCCUUGGAAUGUUUCAUCUGAUGUUGAAGAUGUGAAUUUUCUUUAUAAAACAUUGCAAUGAUCUUCUUUCAACAGGAAAUAGUUGGACUAUCAGUUGAGAAGUAACACCAAUAUGAUUAAAUUGUUUCCAACCUUAUGACUGUUUUGAAACUUGUUUCAGUAAGAAUACUGAAAAGAUGCAAAUUUUUGGAAGGGGACAUUUUAUAUCAUUGAAAAACUUAUGAAAUAGAAUGCGGCUUGUUGAGAUAGCUUGUUCUUAAAUAUGUCUGAGUAUGGUAUGUGUAGUGAAGGCAUUCUCUUGCCAUUGUGUUAUUACCAGACACAUCUUUUUGGUUAUUGUCCAGUCUUGAAUGUCCUCUAGAUUUGUAGUGCAAUGACCUGAAGAUUUCAAAUAUUUGCUUAAAUUUCCAAAGUGCAAUCUCCUGUGUUUCGUUUGUUGAAGUUUGUAGCAGUUGUUCUCAGUAGGAAGUUCUCUGAAAAAUCAUGCACACCUCAAAGCCUUUACCAAAUCAUGUAGGUGAUAUUCUUUGGUGUGAAAGGGCUGUAGAUUUAUAUGUAUGUAACAUUGUUAUCAUCAUAACCGAUUCCCAUGUUGGCAUCUUUUAUCAUGAAUUUAAGAAUAGAAGUAUUUCUAGUAGAGUUCAAGAUGUAUAUCAAUAUCAUCAAGUCAUUUUGAUAAAGGAUAUUGUAAAUUUGAAUUAUUCAGAAGCAUGUUUAAGGGAAUGUCUUUCCUUGAAAUACUGAAAAGCAGUGUGUAUUCUUCAGCUCGCUCAUUGAAAACAUUUUUGUAUUAGGGGUUGUGUAUGGCCUUUUAAUCACAGUAUUCAUUUUUCCUGUGUGUAAAACAGGCUUGGCCACUGAUGUAAAGUAAGAACACAGCCAUCUAUCUAUAUAUAUAAAUAUAUAUACAUAUACCUUUUAUGGAAAUGGUGUAUUAUGCCAAUGUAGCAUGCGUAAAAAGAAAAACACAGAAAAAAGGAUAAAAGACAAAAAAUGCAAUAAAAACGUGGAAAACAAA